GUACAAGAGAACCAUCUCAGGAGUGGGUUGACCAUCUUGUUGUACGGCAUGUAAAAACAAAAAACCCGCCCAGCUGAGGUAGUAGAGUGACUGAUUGAAAACUCACUGGCGAGUCAUUUCGGGGAGAAGGAAAAGUCUCGGUCCGAUGACGUACUUCCGAGUGCGGUGUGUCGUUGCUAGGCGGGAGUUUUGAAUCCAUCUGAGAGGCGAGCCUUCGGUCCAUUGCUGAAGCAGUGAGUUUUUAGUAGGAACCUGAAGAAGUUGUCCCCCUUCUAGAACCAGAGAAGAAAAUCUUGUGGAAUUAUUAUUAUUUUGGCUUUUUUAAAGAAAUUGAAAUUUAAAAAAUGGGUGAAAUUGCCAUUUCCUUUUCAAAUGGUACAUUAUCUCAUUUGGAAAAGUUGGAGGCUUCUGCCCGCAAUGUAGUACUGAAACAAGAGAAAAUAAGGGAGCAUGAGGAGAAGAUAUUGAAGAUGAAAAUGAAGAUCCAGGACCUGAGAAGCCAAAGAGAUGAGUUAAAAACCAAACUAAAUGUUUGUCAAUCACGGUCCACUUCACGCAAGGAUGCUAUGAAAAAUAGUUUGCAAGUUUCUAAGGCGACAACGACAAACCAAGAGGCCAUCUUUGGGUGGAAGAUAGAGAAUGCCAAGGGUCUGCUAGAACUUUUUCGUCUGACAGGCCUAAGUGGAAAAUUGACAGAGAAAGGAGCCUCCUUUUGCAUCACCACUGCCUUUGAAGGAACUUACCUAGAUUCCUAUUAUUUAGACAUCCUUAUACAGCAACCACUCCGGAUUCAACACCAUUCAAUCCCAGUUUUCAUACCUCUGGAGCAAAUAGCUCAUGAGCAUUUGCAGAAAGAUAUCAAGUGCUUCCUGACUGUACUCUCAGAUCAUCUGAAUGCUUAUGCUAGGAGGAAAUUCCAGGUAGACCAAUUACAGGAACGUUUUGCUGUUUUUCUUGAAGGAUGCAUGAAAGGAAAUUCCUUGUACAAUCAGUUGGAAUUUAACUAUCGUAUCACAGAAGAUGGAAGUUUUCCAUUUACAGCAAAGAUCAUAUAUGGAAAUGCGACGAAUGCCCUCCCAACCAAGGUCAUUGUUGUAUGUAAAGCAAAAGAUGCACCAAAGUCUGUGGGCGAGAUGGCAGCAGCUCAUUUGCCUUUGUUCUAUGAGAAGCCUCUUCAAGAGGUCUUUAUUUCUAUCACAGCCUCAGAUGACAAUCUGAAUCAGUCUAUUGCAGCCGCAUCAUCUUCCUAUUCUGGUGCUCCCUCUGAGUUUGCUGCAUUGUAAAUUCCACUAAGAGAAGUUUAUGCAGAGCUUGGAUCAAUGGAAAAUCAAAACCACUGCACAUUUGAACUAAAAAGAGAAUGCAAUCAAAGUGAUCUAGCCAAGCAAGGCUGCAGUGAGAAUUCUACUACCUCCAGGCUUGAAUGUGCAAGAAGCCACGUGUUUGUGCAAAAGGCAGAGCUCUUCCUAUCCAAGCCUCCUUUCUACUGCCCUUUCU